GAGUUGAAAAAUAGCAGUUAUCCCCCUCCCUAAAACACAUACACCGAGUUUGUGCUGUUUUAUGCGCAUUUAAAUAUUUAUCAGUUAGUUUUUGAUUUAGCAAAAGACUCCCAGAGAAUACGCGAACAUGCAAAGACGUGCAAAAACGCACGCACACAUACACACACAGAGCCAUACAAGCACACACACACACACGCAUUCAUAGACAAAAAUAAAAAAUGAAGAACGGAGAGAGGAACAGAUCUACCGUAAAGGACACAGGGACACAAAAUGAGAUGUCAGGUGACCCAUGAUGAGGCAAACGCUGUGUGUAGCUUGCAGGCUUGCAGCGUGGGAAGGGGGCACAGGACAGUCUCGGUCUAAGUGUUUCGCCGGCCGGGACGUCAGACCUCGACAGAGCUCGGUGAGGGCCAUUAAUUAUCUCCUCCUUCCUGUUCCUCUCUCUCUCUACUCGCUCACACAAAAAAAAGAGAUAAUAAUAAAAGAAAACUAAAAACCUCACGAUCUGUCUGGACCUGAACGUUUUUACAACUGUGUUUUAUCGCCGAACUCCUGCUGCGAGGCCAAAUUUGACCUCCGAGUUCAGCAGCACGUCACUUCCGCUGCUACUGCAGCGCCGUCCUGAAGGCUGCCAAGACCUGCCACAGUUCAUACCAAUGUACAAAGGCUUUUGAUGUGACAGCCGCUACCCAGGUGCGACAGAAAUACAGCUGGUUGACUCGACAAAGCCCCUCCAUCAUUUAUUCUUGUGAAAGGUGGGCAGCGGCAGGCUCGAAGGCAAGUUGUGUGUUUCUGACACAGUUUCUGUGGCAACAGAGAUACUUUUUUUUAUGUCAGACUACAGGGAGAUUACAAACCUACAGUAACAUGGGUCGAGAGCGACGGUCCUCUCUUUCUUUCUUCGUCACAGCAUUGUUUGGACUUUUUCUGAAUGUGUGUGGGGAGACGUGCAUGAAGGCUGUGCAUGACGGUGAAGCAGAUGAGGAGGAUGAUGGUCGCCACAUGCUGGGAGGAAACCAACGCCAUCCCCCCCGAUGGAGGUGGAUCAACUUCGAGUGCAGCAGCGGUUGUUGUGGCCAGGAUAGCAUCCAGUACUGCUGUUUCUCCAAAGAAUCGUUUGUGGAGAACGACCUCAUUGUCGGAGUCGCAGUGGGAGGGAUCGUGAUCGUCAUAGCUACCAUUGUCAUCGUCGUCAUAUGCUGCAUCUGUCAUCGCCGAAAGAGGAAGAGACUGACAUCACGCCCUACUGUCCUCGCGAGACUCAGUUUCAGCAGCACCUCACGCCCUGGUGACGUCACCUCUCGCCCUAGUGACGUCAGCCUCCCGCCAUCAUAUGAAAUGAGUACCAGGAGAGCUGAGCCAGCGGAAGUGUACGGUGCUUUUCCUGCAGAAUUAUUUCACAGCCACCCUCUUAUGAAGAAGCUGUUGGUACCCCGCCACUUCCACUGUGCCACGUACACCCUGCGCAGGCCCAGAGACAAGGAAGUCCAGGUGUGCAUGGUUUGAAGUGAUGGACCAGGAUCACGUGAUGUCUAUUGAGCAUGUCUGGUAAUUGGUCACGUGGAUAUGAGAUGGAACAGUCACAGCUGGAGUUCCUCAGUGACCACCUUCAUCAGUUAGCGUAUUGUCGUUUACAGACAGACGAGGCAAUUCACUCGACAAAGGCGGUUUAUUUGACAGGAUGGGUCACUUCUUGAUGGGUCACAUGGGUGGCUCACUUUUUUUUUUUUUCUUUUUUUUUUUUUUUUUUUAGCAAUUUUCCAAAAUCCAAGAAAUAAAUUUUGUGAUGAGAACACGCCUUGUGACGGAAUUAGACAGCAAAAUGUGUUCAAGACAUUCAUGUGAGGUCUUUCGUACAGAGAUACUAUGCUGAACAUACCAUUCUGUAGACUCUCGCGUGUUUUCAAUAAUCCACUUACUCUAAUUACUAAUUACACGAAGUAUUCAAAUUCAAAGGCCUCAUUUCCUGAACAUCACAGUUUUAUUUUGCUCGGGGAAUUUCAUACACCUUCAUUAAUUUUAAAUGAUUACAGUUCUGUGCGCAAAUCUUGUGAAUCUGGUGCUGAGAUUUUUCUGUUGGAUUUUUCUGAGGAAGGGGGAGUUUCAGUGGGAAGGAGGGUGCAAGAUGUUAAAUUUCAGCAUAUUUUUUUCACCCUUAAAACAAUGCAUGAGCAUGCAAUUUACAGCAAAUUUCCAAAGAUCGUUGUACAUAUAUGUCAGUUGUUUAUAACAUUCUCUAACUAAUCUGCACCACAAAUAUCAUCCAAAUGUCUACAGUGUCGUGUAGUCGUGUAGACUCUAGAGGUUAACAUGAAAAAAAAAAUAUUCCUGCACAUGUUCCUGCGACAAACUGCCCAACCUGCAACUCUUAUCUUGUCUUUUCUGCACAUGCACUGGAUGUCAAACCUGCUGCUAGUCUGUUUAUUGGUGCGUACCACGGUAAUCAUAGAUCCCCGACAGCACAACGGGUAAUUAAUGUAGACGAUCAACUAAAAGCGUUAAUUUGUCUAAUGAAGUUAUAAACUACUUUUUAAAAAUAGCAUUCACGAAGUGUCAGUCCAGGAUGACUUAUUACACAAGUAGCUAAGUAGAAAAUUUAACAAUUUUCCUAGUAUAUCAACAACUUUUAAUUUAAGUAUAAGCCCUUUAUGCCGGACUGUCAGUUGCCCUAGAAAAUUAAAAAGUGAAGCCAAUGCAAUUAUUUUUUUUCAUCGUAAAAUGAGAAACAUUACAAUUGAAGUUAACU